AUGGAGGCUCUCUCCCCGCGCACGACCAACCAGAUGAUCAAACCGAAGCUGGCCAUGGAUCGUAAAGCGUUCGAUAAAAAUGCUGUGCUGCCGAGCAACAAGCAAAAGCCCGCAACGUCCAAAAGCUACGCCGAUCCGCCGCCGUUAAUAGUCUCAGAGCCGGAAGAUGGCGGGGAGCGAUACUCAAUAGGCGCAUUCUUGGGGAAAGGCGGGUUUGCUGUUUGUUAUGAAGGUUCAUUGGCUCGCAAUGGCCGGGUGUACGCCAUGAAGGUCGUCAAGUCAGCGAUGCCCCAGAAAAAGAUGGAGGAGAAGUUUCGAACCGAACUCCAGAUCCACUCAAAAAUGCGCCAUCCGUUUAUCGUCCAGUUCUACCGCGCAUUCGCUUUCGAAUCGAGCACCUACGUCGUCCUGGAGCUAUGUCCGAAUGGAUCGGUGAUGGAUAUGUUUCGGAAACGACGCUGUCUCAGCUUGCCGGAAGUGCGCCGCUACAUGAUUCAGCUAUGCGCAGCGGUGAAAUACCUACAUAAACGUUUCGUCGCUCAUCGUGACCUGAAGAUGGGAAAUCUGUUCCUCGAUCAUAACAUGAACAUCAAGGUUGGGGAUUUUGGUCUGGCCGCUAUGAUUUUGUCCGAUAAGGAUGCCAAGCGACGGAAUACUCUGUGCGGUACGCCAAACUACAUCGCACCCGAAGUUUUGGACAAGAGCAAAGGUGGCCAUACCCAGAAAGUUGACAUUUGGUCCGUGGGUGUGAUAUGCUUUGCCAUGCUCGCCGGAUACUUACCUUUUCAAUCAAAAACACAAGAUGAGGUUUACAAGAAAGAAGCAAAAGACCUAGUCGGUCGUUGUCUGAACCUAGUGGAUGAGGAGCGACCUGACCCUGACGACAUCGUUGAGCACCCAUUCUUCAACAUGUACGAUGGCUGCAUUCCUCGUCAACUUGACCCCUCAUGUCGAUUUGACAAGCCACUAUGGCUCAAGAACGCCUCGCCUCAAGGUGACUGUGUGGUAAGUGGAUACGGCUUGGAUUCAGAUGAGAAGCUCCGAGCCUAUGUAUACCAGGUGGACGACCCUGCCCAGCGAUAUCAUUCCUGCAAAGCCGCGUUUUACUCACUGUGCGGCGUGGGACGCAAGCCUGAUGGAACGGCUCGGAAAUCUGUCGGGAGAAACUGCUCUAAGUCGGCUUUUUCUGAGUGUGAUGUGGAGGAUUCCAGAGGUCUACGACCCGUAAUACCCUUGUCGCCGGAUUAUGUCUACCGAUGGCCCCAUGACUUCGAAGGAGACUGGUGUCUGGAGAGUUCCCGAAAGGUAAUCCGCAGUGAGGAGUCUAUGCUUAACAGCAGCACAAUGUCCCAGCGCAGUGCACCCAUUCGUCCCAACCCUAUGGCAGCAUCACGGACCAAUGCGGCGCUUGCCGCUGCUCAACAGCGCCGAAUGGAAGGUCAGAGCCAUGCCGCAACUCUACGCCAGCAAGCUCGAGUACCCCCAAUGUCUCCCCGGAGGGCACCUGGAAUCAGCGAUCCUGCUGUUCUACCCUCCAGGCCAUAUCGAGAUGUUCCACAAGCCGAGCCAAAACCUCCUGCCGCAGAGGUACCAAGUGGAGGCCUGGCAGAACGUCCUAUCCGGACACGAAGGAUGGUAUCUGCAUCGCAAGCAACAACGCUGCGUAACAAGGACAAGGAGAUUGCCCCACAAUUAGCCAAGUCCACAAGCAUGCCAUCAGGUUUGACUGUAGGCAAAACACGCUCUCAGUCUCGAAGAUUGGCAGCCGCUGACCAGGAGUUGAUGCAGCCUUCCAUCCAGACCAGAGAACGGCAGCCAUCCGCUAGGCCAGAGGAACGAAAAGUGGUCACCCGUCAGACAUCUCUACGGUCUACAUCCAGAGCAGACCUCAAAGCGAGCGUGGGACUAGGUGAAAGAAGGAGAGAUAGCCCCACCGAAGAGCCCGCUCGAUCUUCACUCGCACAGUCGAAGUCCUCAGCCGAAUCUAAUGGACUUACUCGAUCAGACUCCAAUGGUGUCGCUCGCUCCAACAGCAAGACGGCCGGUGGCAGGGCACGCUCGAGUUUAGGGCUGAGUCCUCUAUUUCACGCAGAGGAUACCUGCAAGCUGCUACCUGGGACUUCGUUGACCGAAGUCAAUACUGACUUGCGUCUCAUGCUGACCAACCUGGUUAACCAUGCACCAAGUAGGCGCAGAGGUGGAGCACGGAAACAGCCUCAUGCCUAUGUCAUCAAAUGGGUCGACUACACCAACCGUUAUGGUAUUGGGUACGUUCUGGAUGAUGGCAGUGUUGGAUGUGUUUUCAAGGGAGAAAAUGGGCAGCCGGCGACGAGUGUCGUAGUACGAGAUGGCGAGAGACACAUCCGUCGAAAGGCGCGUAGCGUCGCGGACGGCAAACAACAACCAAUUUACUACUCCGAGGCUGAUCAAUUAGUCCCUCGCACUGGAAACCCGGUUGAGUUCUAUGAAAACCGUGACGACGACUUGCUAGGAUGCCGCGGCAUCCGACGAGCACUAAUUCCGCCCUCACUCUUUGACGUCAAAACUUCAAAGGCAAUGAGAAUUCGCUCCAAUACAGGAACCGAGCUCGACCGGGCUGAUGCGGAGAAAAUAAAGCGGAUGAAGCUUGUGGAUCAGUUCGGUAAAUACAUGAUCGGAGCCCUUGGUCGACAUGGCGACGAAGGCAUCAUGGACGAAGAUCUGCCUGAACACAACAGUGCCCAGUUUGUCAAGUUCUACCAGCGCUUGGGUAAUGUUGGAAUCUGGGGUUUCGGAGACGGAGCCUUCCAGUUUAACUUCCCCGACCACACAAAGCUAGUGAUCUCGCCCGGCCGCACCCGUAGCUCCUCCCCCUGGAUCGACUUCUACCAUCUCUCGUCCUCUGCGGCUCGAUUCUUCGCCGCAAAAGGCAAGAUGCACCCAGCAGGAUUCGACACUCGGGCCGUGGCCUCUGACGAGGCUGCCACGUUCCUCAGCAUCGCGAAUGGAGAUUCUAUCAAUUCGACCGAAGACCGUAUCCGGGAUAUUCUCGAUGCGAACGCUUUUAUUCAGAAGAUUGCCUUCAUUAAAGAUACCCUCAGAGUUUGGAUUAAGUUCGGACGACUUGGUGGUCGUCCGCCCUCGGUUGACUCUUCUGCCGAUGAAUCCAUGCCCGACGAAGCGUUCUGGCAAGGAACGCAGGAGCGUUCGCAGCCCAAUAGCCCUGGAACGAAGUUUGUCUGGGUGACUGUCGGAGCACCAGAUGGCGAUGGUCACUAUCGGUCCAUGAUGCUCAAAGAUAGUGACCGGGAGCCAAAGCGCGCUCCAGCUGCGAUGGAAUAUGACAGAGAAAUGGAUAUACUGAAAGACCGGCUACGUGCACUUGGUCGUUGA